AUGAUUUCAAAAGUAUGGCUGAUAUGGUGGAAAACGAAACUUACUUGGCUAAAAACCAUGGAAAGUAACGACAGAACAACAAUUAUCAACGACGUCGAACUCACGCACGAAGGGGGACAUUGCUGUGGCCGUAAGGCAUGUACUCUGACUAAAAUAUGUGGAUCUUUCAUCAUCGGUUGUACAGCUUUGGUUAUAUUGUUGAUAGUUCGACCUCGACAACAGAUAAACCCUGAGUAUGGUGUCGUGUUUGAUGCAGGAUCUUCUCACACAACCGUUUAUUUGUAUCGGUGGCCUGGGAAUGAGCGGUUAGGGGGAACAGCUGUACCUGUUGAUGAGAUUUAUAGUUCUUCUCAUCAACCUGGUAUAUCAUCAUUUGUGAACAACCCUGAGUUGGCCGGUAACUCCAUUGCAAAUCUCAUCAAAAAAGUUUCAAAAAAUGUGCCAGCCAACAAGAGAUCAUCCACUCCUAUCUAUGUUGGAGCUACAGCGGGCAUGAGAUUAGUCAAGGAAGUGAAGCCGGAUGUUGCAUACAAGAUUAUGUUGUCAAUCAGUCAUGCUUUAGACAACUCAGGAUUUCUAAUUCCCCCAAACAGUUCAAAAAUCAUCUCUGGUGUAGAGGAAGGAUCAUGGGGAUGGAUAACUACCAAUUACUUGAUGAACAUUCUGCAAAAACCAAGCGAGUUGCCUAAAAUGCAAUCCAGUGCUUGCAGUCUCCUGCUUAAACCUGCUUGCACCUACAGUGUUCUUAAUGUUUCUCCAGGAUGUGGCUACAAAAGUUUUGCUGCUUUGGAUAUGGGAGGAGCUUCGACAGAGAUAACGUUCAUGUCUCCAACAUCUGGUAAACGCACUCUCGAUUUUCGUCUUUAUGGCAAAAACUAUACGAUUUACACUAGAUCAUAUUUAUGUUAUGGUCUAAAUGAAGUAUACAGAAGAUAUUUGGCUCAGCUUGCCAAGAGUGCAAACUAUUCUUCUAAAAUAUCCAAUCCUUGCGCACGUCGCGGAAGCAAUUUUAACCAAUCAGGAAAAUACAUUUGGAAGAAGCCCUGUAGUUGCGAGCCAUCAAGGAAACCUGGUCGCGAUAACUUCACCUUCUUUGGUUCAAACAACCGGACAGAGUGCAAUAAAAACCUGAUUAAACUUUUUCGUUUUUCUUCGACGUGUGAUGGCGCCAAGGAUUUCACGAAUCAUAGCCAACCGAAGCUGAAAGGCAGUUUCAUCGCUUUUUCAGGCUAUGCUUUCGUCCGAGCGGGGCUCAAUCUAUCCGUUACACCAACCAUGAAGAAAUACAAGUCUGCUUACUUGUCAUUUUGUGACAAGCGUGGCUCCCAAAUUCACGAACAACCACGUGUUUCAAGUCGCAGGACUCCUUUGUGUUUUGCUGGACACUACAUAUAUGUCUUGUUAACCCAUGGUUAUGGCUUUAGCAGUGAAACCUGGGAUAUCGCAUUUGAAGAUACAGUGGGUAAAAAGCAUCUUGGUUGGUCGCUUGGUUUCAUGAUUAAUGCCACCAAUCUCAUACCAUUAAACCAAGCCAGGCGUUUGAGGAUCAAAGACACAUUUCUCAUACCUGCGCUUGUCGUUGCUGGCAUUUUUGUUCUCGUUUCCUUCAUAUUGGCCGUGAGGUUUUUCGUCAAGAUUCGUUCAAAAUCUGCAUAUUAUCCAAUCUAAUAAAAAAAUAAAAAAUAUGUUUUUUUAAA